UACCUUCAUCUUCACACACAACACUCCCACAAAACACAACCAUGGAAUUCUCACUCUCACAUAUCCUCUUCAUCUCCUCCCUCCUCUCUUUCCUCUACAUACUAUUUCGCCCAAUUCUCCUCACCAAAACCCUAAAUCUCCCUCCAAGUCCAAUCUUGGCCCUCCCAAUCAUAGGCCACAUGUACCUCUUCAAGAAGCCCUUGCACCAAACCCUAGCAAAAAUCUCCGAAACACAAGGCCCCGUCGUGCUCCUCCGGUUCGGCUCCCGCCCCGUCCUCGUCGUCUCCUCCCCCUCCGCAGCCGAGGAAUGCUUCACCAAGAACGACGCCGUCUUCGCCAACCGCCCCCGCCUUUUGGCGGGAAAGCACCUCGGCUACGGCUACACCUCCCUCGUGUGGGCCCCCUACGGCGACCACUGGCGCAACCUCCGCCGCAUCGCCACCGUCGAGAUGCUCUCCUCCCACCGCGUCCAUCUCUUCGCCGACGCGCGGCGCGAGGAGGCCCGCCACCUCGUUCGCCGCCUCCUCCUCGCCGGCGGCGGCGGAGAAGGAUUUAGAGUGGUGGAGAUGAAGUCAGCGUUGUUUGAGACGGUGUUGAACGUGGUGAUGGUGAUGAUCGGAGGGAAGCGAUACUACGACGGCGUUUCGGGGGACUCGGAGGAGCGGAUGAGGUUCAAGGAGAUCGUGGCGGAGAGUUUCAGAGUGAGCGGCGCCACCAAUAUUGGGGAUUUCGUGCCGGUUUUGAGGUGGAUUGGAAUGGACAAGAUCGAAUGCAAGCUGAAAGAAUUGCAGGUGAAGAGAGAUAAUUUUAUGCAGGAUUUGAUCGAUGAACAUAGAAGAAGAAGCAAAUCGGAGAAGAUGAAUUCGACGUUGAUCGAUGUGCUUUUGGAGCUACAAGAGAAUGAUCCCCAAAAUUACAAAGAUGAAAUCAUUAGAGGGAUGAUGCAGGUGAUGCUGUCGGCCGGUGCGGACACGUCAGCAUCGACAAUGGAAUGGGCCAUGUCGCUCUUGCUUAACAAUCCGGACGCAUUGACCAAGACACAAGCAGAGAUUGACCGUCAGAUCGGUCAUUCUCGGCUUGUUGAGGACUCUGACCUCCCUCACCUGCCCUAUCUACAAGCGGUCAUAAAAGAGACGUUUCGUGUGUGUCCGGUCGGGCCGAUGCUCGUGCCUCACGAAUCAUCAGAGGUUUGCUCAGUCGGGGGGUACAGAGUGCCUAGUGGGACGAUGUUGUUGGUGAAUGCGUGGGCCAUACAAAGGGACCCAAAGAUAUGGGAGGAUCCGGCGAAGUUUAAGCCUGAGAGAUUCUUUGAUUUUGAUGGGAAGAAGGAAUUGUCGUAUGCAUCGAUGCCAUUUGGAUAUGGGAGGAGAGGGUGCCCGGGUGAGAACCUGGCAUUACGUGUCGUAGGCCUAGUCCUUGCGUCGCUCAUUCAGUGCUUUGAAUGGGAGCGACUUGAUGAUGAGAUGGUGGAUUUGACCGGAGCACCGGGACUUAGCAUGCCCAAGGCUCAGCCGCUCGUGGCCAGAUGUAGGCCACGCGCGGCAGAAUUGCUUCAACAUAUUUGAAUUAAACUAAUAGAAGCUAAUAUUGUGUUUAUACUACCUUUUGAAAAAUUUCUAUAGUUUGUUUGUACUUGCAAAUAAUUUAGAAUGUUUGUUUAUGUUCCAUUUGUAAAUAUUGGAAUUGUUUUGUACAUAUCUCUUUCAUUGGUCG